GCCGGAAGUAUUUUUUAUUGAAUCAGUAUUUGAAGUUAAACAUCAUGAAAUUGAUUUUCUUUCAAACUCUUGCAAUUUGCAUUCCUGGCAUUUUGGCUGAAACAUUCUGUGCAAACAACGAAUUCAGACCAGAAGAUUCAUUUACCACGACUUCAAAAGAAUAUCGAAGAGUUCAGGAUCUCAAUUAUAAAGAUUCAAUAAGUGCACCAUGCUAUGUUAGCUUCUUCUCAAGCUCAAUGCCAACUCCGUUGCACGUGAAAAAAAUUUCAGACUGUUCUUUGAAUUUCAAGGGACAAGUGAAGUUUGGAGCUGUUGAAGGAACUGUUCCAAAAACUUUAAAAGAUAAUAGAUGCUACUUUCAACAUAAUUGGAUUGUUUGUGUUUGUAAUUUCACUUAUUGCAAUUCUCCACAAUAUUGGCCUUUGAUGCUGGCAAGAUUUUCGCACGAAAAACCAUAUGUUGCUCGAACUCCUGCAGCUAUUGCUGACGCUGAAAUGUUCAUUAAUCAGCAUAAGUUGUCAGUCAAAAUCGACAAGGCCACUAACAAUAAUUACGAAGAUAAUUUGCGUUGUUUGGUCUUAAUGUCGGAUGACCUUUAUCAAGAAGAGGAAAAUCCAAAUUUCUACCUUUACAACUACAUCACAGUUUUUCAUAAUGCGCCACCACUUGCUGAUGCUCUGACAACACCACCAGUUCUCAGAAAGAAUGAAGAUUGGGGAAGACGAGAUGAAUGGGUACAUACUGCCAUCAUUACUGAAGAUGGGGAACCAUUCGCAGAUGGAACACAUGUAAUUGAUAAAGGCUACACGACACAUCAAUUUGAAAUUCAACAAGAUCAGGAUAAUGCUAAAUUUGGAAUGAUCAGUGGAAUCAUCGGUUUUAUCAUGCUUGCCGCAUUCCUCGGUGGAACUAUCAUUGUUCUGCUUUUAAUCUGUCGCAGAGUCAAAGAUCAUUCACAAUUUCCGAGAAGAGAUGAGAAAUUAGUUUGGAAUCGAUAUGAACGUUCGAAUGAUGCACCACGACAACCAAAGGAGUUUCUGAAGAAGAGAGGAGGAAAGAAAUCGAAGAAUGACGAUGCAGAAGCAGCCCUUAACAGAAAAUAGUUGAGAACAUGGAGUCGAGAAGGUCAGUAAAUGAAGUGAACUCAUGUUAGAUAAAGAUUG